AUGUUUUCUGCCUGGGGACAAGCUACUGGUGCUGAUCAAGAUCCUGUCAUGAAAGACUUAAAUAACUCUCAAGAUCAAAUGUUUGGUCAUAUGAUGGCUGCUGGUGCUGCUGCAGACUCUGGAAAUGAACAAGAAGCUAAUAGACAAGCUGCUGCAGCUAUGGGAACAAUGUUUGGAGCUCAAAUGCAUAUGUUCCAACAAGCACAACAAAACCAAUAA